AUGGCAUCAACUUCCUCUGCUCCACAUUUCUUAGCUCCAGUCGAUAUCAAACUAAAUGGUUUUAAUUACCGAGAAUGGUUUACCACUGUUCGCAUCGUUUUACUUGGUAUGGAUCUACUUGCCCAUGUUGAUGGUACCUCUCCCCAACCCUCCACUCCUGAUACAUCAUGGACUCUUGCUGAUCGUCGCACAAUGACCAUUAUCUGUCAGUCUUGUGAGAUUGAUGUUCGUAUGGAAAUUGGACAUCUUCCCACUGCUCAUGCAAUGUGGGAACACUUAGCUCAUAUGUUUGAGCAUUCUAGCUCUGCUCGUCAGUAUGCCAUUUUACAGGAUCUUACUCACAUUCAGCAGCGUGAGCGUUCCGUCAGAGAAUAUGUCACUAACCUACGGUCCUUAUGGCAUCAGAUUGAUUCAUUGGAGACGUCCACAUGCCUCAAAUGCACAUGUUGCAAAACUCGCACUCAGUCUCGCCAAAUACAGCGCACCUUUGAAUUUCUGAUGCAUCUUCAUCCAGAUUUUGAGGCUAUUCGCAGCCAACUGCUCAAUCGAGACCCUCUUCCAUCAUAUGACGAUGUUAUUCGUAGUGUUAUUGCAGAAGAAACAAGUCUCAGCACAUUAUCUCCACGACUUCUCCCUACAGACACUGUUCUUGCUGUGACAUCUCCUCAUGUCACUAAAGUAUCUUCUGCGCCACCAUCUCCUGUUUCAUCGACCUCCAUUCGGUCUUCUGUUAUUUGUCAUUACUGCAAGCGUCCUGGUAAUAUGAAGCAUCAGUGUCUGAAGCUUCAGCACAGACAGCAGCAGUAG